CCUGUGACCGCGGACCGACACUCGGCGGGCGACGGCGGAUCGAUUCGGAGCUCCGUCCUCACGCUCCAGACGCACCCCAACGUAUCGAGGUCCAGGCCUCGGAUACCGAGCUGCACAGCCACUGGAGUCUAAGUGGACAGCAAAGGAGCCAGGAGCCAAGCCACCUUUAUCAUGUCGACCGUCGAGUCCGAGAAGCCGCCGGCCGAGUCCGAGCAGCCGCCGGCGGCCGAAGGGAAGCGAUGGGGCUCGCGGCCGUUCUGGGGCCUGGGCACCGAACUGGACCCUGACUGGACGCUCACCGAGUCUCAGAAGGAGUUGCGGAGCCAGCUGAUUGAGCUGUGCCGCGAGCGCAUCCGGCCGCACGCGCUGCACUGCGACCAGACAUACACCUACCCGCGCCGAUCGCUGUCAGCGCUGGCUGAGUUGCGCCUGCUCGGUCUGCUCGUGCCGCGCGAGCUGGGCGGCCUCGGCGAGAGCCACGCCUGUGCCGCCAUGGUGCUCGAGACGCUGGCCCGCUACGGCUGCCCCAGCACGGCGCUCGUCUACACCAUGCACCUGGCCGCGUGCGGCAUCCUGCUGCGCAGCCACCACCGCAACGACACGCUGCGCGACCUGCUCUCGCGCCUGGACCGUGACCGACUGGUGGGCACCACCGUGCACAGCGAUCCGGCCUCCGGUGGACACUUCUGGUACAACAUCGCCACAAAGUCGCGCUUCCUGGACGGGGAUCGCGUGCGCCUGACGAAGUUCUGCUCCUGGGUGACGUCGGCCGGCCACGCCGACUGGUACAUGGUACAGGUCAGCAGUCCGACCCGGGAGCCCGGCGACUACACCCGCUACACCCACUACCUGGUCAUGGGCGACGAAGUGCGCGCCAACUCGGACGACUGGCGCGCGCUCGGCAUGCACGGCAACAUGUCCGGUCCGAUGAUCGUGGACGGCGUGCUGAACCGCGACCGGCAGAUCGGCGAGGACGGUCAGGGCCAGAUCAACAACGACGACGGCGCCAUCCUGUUCCUCCUGCUGACAGCCAGCGUGUGGAACGGUAUCGCCAUGGCCUGCCUGGACGUCGCCAAGAAGCACGUGACGCGCAAGACCCACGGCGACGUCGGUCUGCGGGUGUGCGACUACCCGGUGAUCCAGGACUACUUUGGCGGCGGCGUGUGCAGCACCAAUACCAGUCGACUGGCAGUGGCCUCCGCGGCGGCGGCCAUGGACGCCGCGACCGGCAACGCCGACUGGAGCCGCUUCGCCGACACGGACUUCCGGCCGUACGCAGCCUUCGCGCUGUGGGGCUUCCAGCUGAAGACGGCCGCCGCGCAGAACGUGUGGACGGUGUCGGACCGCAUGCUGCAGGCCUGCGGCGGCGCCGGUUACAAGGAGGAGCUCGGCCUGGAGCGGCUGCUAAGAGACGCCAAGGCCGGCUGGCUGAUGGCGCCCAGCAACGAGGUGGUGCGACAGCUGGUGGGACAGGUGGCGCUACUCGGCCCGGAGAGCCUCGAUCUGUGGGAGCAGACCGUCAACCGACGCGCCGUUCACCACGAGCUCGACAAGAUGACGCAAGACGAGAAGGAGGAGCUGGGCCGGCGGCUUCUGCGGGAGGCAGAGAUGGAUCGGCCCGGCGCGCACGACGCCAAGCAGAGCGACUACCAGGACUCAGACUUUGAGAACCCGUUCCACACGCGGCCGCCGACCUACGUGUCCGAGCCGCUGGUGGUGGAUGGUGCGAAGGUGCCGGCCGGCCUACACCCGGACACCUACACAGACCUGGUGCUGCUGGAGUGUCGCCAGCUCACGCCGCACAUGGACUCCUACCGGUUCCGGUUUUCGGCCGGUGCUGGACACCACGGCUGUCUGCCAGGCCAGUAUAUUCAGGUGCGUGUGCAGUCGGAGGGCCAGUCGGCGCAAGAGCGGUACUUGUCGCCCGUCUCACGACCGGGUGCCGACGUCGUGGAGCUGGUGGUGCGCCGUGAGACCAGCGGCCUCCUGUCUGCGCACCUACGCGGCAUGCGCACCGGCGACACCAUCGCGGCGCGUGGUCCGUGCGGCGGCUUCGAGUACCGUCCGGGCUGUCUGGAGCACCUGGUGCUGCUGGCCUCCGGCGCCGGGGUGACGCCGUGCGUGCAGCUGGUGCGCAGCGUGGCCGCCGACCGGGCCGACACCACGCGCGUCACGCUGCUCUACCACGCCGAGCGGCGCGACGAGCUGCUCUUCGAGACGGAGCUGAGCGCGCUGGCCGCCGCCGACCCCCGACUGCGCGUGGUGUUCAGCCUCAGCGACGCGCCCGAGCACUGGGAUGGCGAGGAGGGCUUCCUGGACGGCGCCAUGCUGCAGCGUCACCUCCCGCCGCCGGGCAGCGGCCGCUGCCGGCUGCUCGUCUGCGGUGGCGCCACUAUGACCGUGUCCACGCUGGGCUGCCUGCGCCAGCUCGACUACCCGUCGCGUGCCCUGUUCGUGUACGGCCCAUUCGGCGCCGACCUGGUGCGGAAGGUGUUCGGUAGGAGCGCGCCGCUCGGCAGCCACGCCGCCGACGUCGAGUAGCGUCGAAACGGGCGGGCUGGCCGCUGGAGAGGAAAGAUAUGGAAGGCAGCGUUUGGCUUAGGUACCAUAAAUACACGGCUGCUGGCUGCCGUGUGACUUUACGCCUAUUCAUUAUUUCUUGACAGUUCUCGUUCGGGCAAUUCUUCAUCUGAGCUGUUUAUGAGUGACGACCAAAUAAAAAUAUCACAAUAAA